UCAUCCGGGCAUGCGAGCAUCUUCAACAUGGCAGCCGUCUGCAGGUUAAAGAAUGAUUUGCAAAUAUGAAAAAAAUGUUUGCAAGAACUUGUUAGAAUAAAAUGUAUCGCUAGAAAUGGAGUUGGAGAAGACGGCAAGUUUAAAUAUUUUCAGCUGAUACAGUGUAAAAUUUCAACUUGAAACACAAAAAUGAAGAUCGACAGAAAUAAAUUGAAAAAGUCUACUACAGAGGUGCCUGCAGAUUGUCGGGCCCUCAUUGAAAAGCUAAAGAUCGCUACAGAGGAGACUCUUCUGGAGGAACUGAGAGCAGUAAAGGCCUGGUCUUAUGGAAAGUGCGAGUUAUACCACUGGUCAGAUGUUUUGGAUAAGUUUGACGAGGUCCUGGAAAGGGCAUGCAAAAAAGAAGGCGAGAAAAAAUGGAUGUUGUCCUGUGACAGAUCCGGCGAGGAACAGUUGAAGGACCUAUUAUUGGUGAUUCUACACUUCACAUCAUUGCUGAUCGAGCACAGUUUCUCUCGCCAUCUUUACAACUCCAUGGAACAUCUGACAUGUCUAUUGUCCUCAUCUGAUAUGACUGUGGUUCUGGCGGUGCUCAACCUUCUAUAUGUUUUUAGCAAAAGAUCUAACCACAUAACUCGCCUGAGCAGUGACAAGAAACAAGGCCUGAUUGUCAGACUGACACACUUAGCGGAGAGUUGGGGCGGUAAAGACAAUGGUUUUGGUCUUUCUGAGUGCUGCAGUAAUGACCCAAUCUCCAACUUUCCUACAAGUGCCACAACACUGCAUUUUGAGUUUUAUGUGGACAAUAAGGAGGACAAAGGCAAGAAGAACAAACUGGUCAUAUCUGUCAACAAGAUUACUACUAAAAGCAGUAAGCCUUGA